AUGGGUUAUACAUAUAAAAGUAAUUUCGAAGGUGAUAUUAGAAGAUUUUCAAGUGAUUCAGAAUUAUCAUAUCAAAGAUUAAAAGACAAAGUUUCAAAUUUAUAUAGUUUAUAUGAUAUCGAGUUUAUAAUCACCUAUUUGGACGAUGGCGAUAAUAUUACAAUAGCAGACAAUAAGGAUAUAGAAGAAGCUUAUAAAACUAUUAUUGACAAUGAAAUUUUAAGAUUAACAGUUACAAGAAAAAUAGAGAAAGAUACAUCUAAUAGCAAUAGCAAUAAUAAUAAUAAUAACAAUAAUAAUAUUGAUUCAUUAUUUACCCAAUUAUUAUCAAAUCAAUUUGUUCAACAAAUGAUACCACAAGUAAUGAACAGUUUAGCAAACAACCCAGCUUUAAUGACAUCAAUUAUUCAAACUGCUGGUGCAGCAUUAAGAAAUAAUAGUAAUAACGAUAAUAGUUUAAAUAAUUUAAAUAGUUUAAAUAGUAACACAAAUGAAAUUUUAAAUAAUUGUAAUAAUAAAAAUAUAAAUUUAAAACGUGCAUCGCCUCAUCUUUUAAAUGCUAGCAUCAGUAAUAAUUUCCAUACACACUCAACAGACUCAAUAGUUGCCACCUUACAACCAAUAGCCGAUCAAGAGAAUAAUAAUAACAAUUAUAAUAAUAGAAUAACAUUAACUUCAUCUGGUAAUGAAUCUUGUAAUGGUAGCUUUUCAUCAUCAAUUUCAUUUGAAUUGGUAAAUAAAGAGAAUGAAGAUAAUCAAUUAUAUUCAACAAAUUCAACAUCAUCAUCAACAACUUCAACCUCAUCUGCCUCAGCAUUAAACAAUAAUAUUAAUAACAAUACACCAACUACCCAAAGACCACCAUCACCAAUGGAAAAAAAUAAAGAUAAGGAUAAUAAAGAUAAAGAUAAUACCAAUAAUACAUCGAAUCGUUUGUCAGGUCUCCCAAAAUCAUUCCUUAAUAUGUUACCAUUUACCACAGCUAAAAAUGAUGUUAAACCAAAAGAUGAAAAUAUAACUACAAGCACAACUAGCACAACACCACCUCAAGCAAUUCCACAACAACAAGCAAAUAUUAAUAGUCCAACUCAAUCAUCACCAAAACAGGAGCACGUUUUAUCAUCAUCACCAUCGAAAUUUUCACCAUUACCACCACCAAACAUUUCACAUUCACCAAGUCCUGUAUUUUCACAUAACUUUAAUAAUCCUUAUAUCCAUUCAACUGCACCAGGCAUUAGUAUAUUGCCACCACCUGCACCAGUUCCACCAUCUCAUCCAUUACCACAAGUUCCACAAACUCAAUCGCCACAACCAAUUUUAAUUCACGAACAACCACAAGUAAAUGUAGAGCCAUCCCAAAAACCACCACAAGAUUUAGAUCAAUUAAAUUUCAUUAAAGAUGCCCUACAAAUCUCUGAAGAUGAAGCAAGAAAGUUAUUAAUCAAACACAAUGGCGAUGUUCACAAAAUUUUUGGAAAUUAAUAAAAAUAAUAUAAAUAAAAUUAAAAUUAAAAUUUUAUUAAUCU